CCUGCUUCCUCCCCUCAUGCUCAGAUCGAGAACCCGAAGCGCCAGCAUUCCGAAUCUGCCGCCGUUUGACCCUCUGUCACACAAGCCGCCUAAAAUCACCGAAUUCAAACCGUCAACCUCGCACUCAUAUCCACCAUUCCGCCGGACCUCAAGAAUACGCAAGCGCACUUUUUUCUGUCUACUGGGUCUCCUCGCCGUGCUGUAUCUCCUCCGUCCCACCUCUCCCACUGCUUCAAGCUCCCGGGAUAUAACGGAGCGCCUCAAGAGCCUCCGCAAGAGCCCCUACGUCGAUCGUGCAAUUCUGGACGUCCUGGCCGACCUCGAAACCGAACGAGAUCCAGACGAACGGGCGACCUACUACGCACGAGACCACAGCAAGCCGGGUCCCUGGCCCCCCCUCGUGACGCGCAUACCCGAAGUCAAGCCUGUGCACCUCGCCCCUCAAGAUUUGCGCUGUGUCGACUGCGACCAGUUCCUCUUUGUGCUGCGCGUGGCCGAGCAAGAGUCCAAGGCGCACAUCCAUCUGGAGCAGAUCUUGGAGCUUGGGCGGGCGUUGAACAGGACGGUCGUGCUGCCAAACGUUGGUAAAAGCCGCGUGGGGGCAUGCUUCCGGUGGAACUUUGAAGUGUACUAUGAGCUGCCUGCGGAAGGUGUGAUCAAGCCCGAUAUGUUCAAAAGAUGGCUGGAGAUAGAGAAUCCAACUGGGCGAGUCGUCUCGUUUGCACAAGCGGAGGGAAGGGACCAAGCCACGGUUGAAGUCGUGCAUGAGAGCUCGACAGAGCAUGGGUUUCCUCCUUGCUUCGAGCGGACUCGCCGUUUGCUGCGUCUAGAGGAUGAUUCAGCGCUGCAAGUCAACAUCAAAGCGUCUGCUGACCCAACUGAAGUCAUUCAAGCCCUUUCACUGGACGCAAGUGUCCUCGUGCUUUCCUGGGAUCUGCGGCAUCCAAUAUUCCCUCAAGUCGCACAUCCGCUCACAUAUGCCUCUCACCUGCAUCAGCUUGCUGCCGCUCUGGCGCCUUCGUCGCCUUAUGUCAUGAUGCACUGGCGCAUGGAAGGUGUCCCACCUGCAGGUCUCGUCCAUUGCGCUCACGCUGCUGUCGACCUCCUCGCUGGCCUUCCGAUGCAGACUGUCUGGCUCGCUAGCGACUACCCCUUUCCCAUCCGCUCUACUCUGGACGAGCAAGAUCACGAUUCUAUGGCUCUCGUCUCAAAGUCCGGAACGUUCCGCGACGUUGGUCGCCUCCACGCAGCGGCCAUGGGUAUUCUCGGGGACGCUUUCGCUGAGGGUGGCCUGCUCGAGGACUGGACCGUGGCCGAGUUGACGCAGGCGCGACUGGAUGGCUUGCGCGUCGACCAUGUGAUGUGGGAGCCGGACAUCUUGGACGAUCCGGGUGUGAGAGCCAUCGUCGAUAAGCUCGUUGGCAUCGGAGCGUCUGCAUUUGUGAGUGGUGCGGCUCGUUGUGCGAGAGUCAGCUCGUUCACAAGACAGAUCGUUCAGGCACGGAACAAUCGUACGGAUGCAGUCUACAAUGUCGUCGACUACUUUGAAUGAACUCGUCUCCCAUCCUGUGCUGCGUCAGAUUUCAGGGCCGGUCAUGACAGUUCCCCCAGUGUGUAAUUGGA